UGUUGUUGGCCAAUCAAAUUGAAGAAGAGCAACACUAGUACCGCCUAUGUUGUAAACUGACGGUUAUUCCUUUGCUACUAAUUUCGGAUAGCAAUUCGGAUAAAAUGCUGUGUUCUUGACUCUCGCGGUUUUUCUACGAAUAAUGAAGGGCAGACACGUUGGAUAAGGAGGGAUAUUGUUCGUUGGACAUCGUAAGUGCACCCACUCCAUUGGAAGGAUGGAGACCCUAAUUCCCACCAUCAACCGGCUGCAGGAAGUCUUCCUCACAGUGGGUGCAGAGAUCAUACAGCUGCCCCAGAUAGUCGUGGUUGGAUCUCAGAGCAGUGGAAAGAGCUCUGUGUUGGAGAGCCUGGUCGGACGGGAUUUCCUGCCUCGGGGAUCAGGAAUAGUCACAAGACGACCUCUCGUGUUGCAACUUGUUAAUGUUGCCCCUCUGAAGGAGAGACUGAAGACAGAGAGUGGAAAUGGGGUUAAACAAAAUGCCCAAAUCAGCUACCCAGGUGUCAAAGCUGAAGAAUGGGGUACAUUCCUGCAUUGCAAGAACCAGAUCUUCACAGAUUUUCAGGAAAUUCGUCGGGAAAUUGAAGCAGAGACUGAACGCAGUACGAGUGAAAACAAGGGAAUUAGUCCUGAGCCCAUAUAUUUGAAGAUUUUCUCCCCUAAAGUCCUUAAUCUCACCCUGGUUGAUUUACCUGGAAUCACAAAGGUUCCUGUUGGGGACCAGCCAGAGGACAUUGAGGCACAAGUACAAGAGAUGAUCUUGUCCUUCAUCUCCAAUCCAAACUCCCUCAUCCUCGCGGUGUCCCCUGCCAACUCUGACUUGGCCACCUCUGAUGCUCUGAAAUUGGCUCGUGAGGUUGAUCCAGAUGGUCGUCGUACACUGCUGGUGGUCAGUAAGUUGGACCUGAUGGAUGCAGGGACUGAUGCUCUGGAGGUCCUUCUGGGUCGAGUCAUUCCAGUCAGACUUGGGAUUAUCGGGGUUGUUAACAGGAGCCAGCACGAUAUCAAUACUCAGAAGAGCCUGGAGGACUCGAUGAAGGAUGAGCAGGCUUUCCUGCAGCGACACUACCCCUCGCUUGCCUCCCGCGCUGGCUCCCGCUAUCUGGCCAAAACUCUCAGCAGGCUGCUCAUGCACCACAUCCGGGACUGCCUGCCAGAGCUCAAAACCCGAGUGACCGUACUGAGUGCCCAGUACCAGGCGCGACUCAAUGGCUACGGCCAGCCAGUAGAAGACCACAGUGCCACACUGCUGCAGAUUGUCACAAAGUUCGCCAGCGAUUACUGCAACACCAUUGAGGGAACUGCCAGAUACAUCCAGACCUCAGAGCUCUGCGGGGGUGCUCGGAUCUGUUACAUAUUCCAUGAGACCUUUGGGCGCACUUUGCAGUCCAUCGACCCCCUGGGAGGACUGACUGAGCUUGAUAUCCUCACUGCCAUCCGCAAUGCUACGGGUCCACGGCCAGCACUUUUUGUGCCUGAGGUAUCCUUUGAGUUGUUGGUGAAGCGGCAAAUUAAGCGGCUGGAGGAGCCCAGUAUGCGCUGCGUAGAGCUGGUUCAUGAAGAGCUGCAGCGGAUCAUCCAGCACUGCUCCUCAUUUAGCACACAGGAGCUCCUGCGAUUCCCCAAACUGCACGAUUCCAUUGUGGAAGUGGUGACUGGAUUACUGAGGAAGCGCUUGCCGAUUACUAAUGAAAUGGUGCACAAUUUAGUAUCAAUAGAGCUCGCCUACAUCAACACAAAACAUCCAGACUUCACAGACGCAGCGCAGGUCUCUGCAUCUGUCAACAGUCAGCAGGCGGAAGCCCUUGAUGGAGGGAAGCGCUGGAAGAACGAGAAGGUUGCAGAAGAGAGAAUCCCGACUGCAGGCUUUGGCAGUCCCAGCAAAGGCCAGGCCAUUAACCUCCUUGACACAGCGGUGCCCGUAUCCCGCAAGCUGAGCGCGAAGGAGCAGAGGGACUGUGAGGUCAUUCAGCGCCUCAUCAAGUGCUACUUCCUCAUUGUCCGCAAAAGCAUCCAGGACAGUGUGCCCAAGACAGUGAUGCACUUCCUGGUGAACUUUGUGAAAGAGCAUCUGCAGAGUGAGCUGGUGGGUCAGCUUUACAAACAGCCACUGCUGCAGGAGCUGCUUAUUGAGUCAGAGGACACGGCACAGCAGCGGACCGAGGUUGCUCAGAUGCUUGAGGCACUCAAGAAAGCGAAUAACAUCAUCUCUGAGAUACGGGAAACUCAUCUGUGGUAGCCAGAGGAAAGGAACAAUUCCCUUGUCAUAAGACAGCUUUGAGAGUAUGAGAGUGUAUGUGAGUUUACAGCACAGAGAGGGAGUUUUUGUGAGAGCGUGUGUGUGUGUAUUUGUCUAUGUGUGGCAGCACCAUCGUUUUCUCAUGGACCAAUGACCAUAGCACAUUUAGAUCUACUUUCUCCCGUCAGCUGUCGCCCUGAUCAGUACACUGGGACUGUUGCUUUUCACUGUGAACGUUGUGUAGCGAAAGAAAUUGAUUAAACACUCAGGCCGAAAGUGUUGCUGCAAAGUUGAAAUGUGAAAGACACAGCCGCGAACAAAAUCUUUUUGCAUUAUUUUGUGACAAAAUGUUUGUUCUGUCGUGGGUUUGUUUGCUGUAAAUAUAAAAUGUAGACUAUAUGUGAAGUAUCAGAGUUCUCUAGGGUCUUUUUUUGUGGAAUUAAAAAUGUGUUCACAAUUUACAUUUCCACACUUUCCAAAAAAAACUGGGCCCUUUAAGCAGGUGCUAAAACUAUGUUAGAUUAGAUGUGUUCCAACUGUAAUCCCUUUUGUUGGAGCGCUCACCAGAGAUGGAAAUGAAGUGGAAAAAAUACAACUCAAUCAAUGCUGACUGCAAUGCAACACUGAAGACAGACCACAGUCAUUUGCAGCAAUUACAGGAUGAAUGCAGAAUGUUUUUCCAGCUCUGUAGUGCUCAUCAAUAUCAGGUUUAUUUUCCAGAGCCAAAUUUACAUAUCAGCCCAUUUAUACUGUUAAAUGUUGCACUGACUUUCUAAUUUUGUGUAUAGUCAUAAAUGAAACCAAACAUUCCUGACAUAUAUUUAUUAGGUGUAUAGGAGACUCCCACACAGCGUUGUGUAUGUAUACUAUAAUACUUAGAAAACAGAAUAAGAAUUGUCAGGAGAUUAUGUUACAUGGGGAUGGUGCUCCAUCAUUUGUUAGAUCUUAGAUCCAGAUGGUAGGACGUUAAUGUUCUGUAGCUUCUCUUUAUUUCCUCGAGCCAUUUGUUCACUGGUUUCCGCUGUUAAUGACACAGAGAGAUAAGACAGUUCCCUAUUAUUGUCCCUGUCCAGUAGUAAGGACACUGCCCCGAGUAUAAGACGCUCAGUAUGCAGAUACCUCCCGCAUGCGGAGCCAUUUGCUUCUGGUCCAAUUAUAAUUUCACUGUGUAAUAAUGCUAGACGUGUCAAAUUAUUCAUCUUUUUCCAUCUGUUCUCAACUUAGGUUGUUGUUCAGGCACAUUCCUCCCCCAAGUGCUAUAGCUAUUAACGUGAAUCUCCUUUCAAAGCCAAAACAAAUUGUUAUCCUAAAAAUAAGCUUUUUCAGGAAGACCUGCCUUAACGGAGACCAUCACACUUUUCCGACUUCUGUGUGAUCAGGGAGUGAACACAACAUCCUAUCAGUCCUGUCUUUCUGAAUUCUCUGUGCAUGUGUGUGUUCAGUGUGCAUGUGUGGACGUACGAAUGGCUGAUUUAUGUAUAUUUUGUAUUUAAAUGUAUAAUAUUAUCAUGUGUUCUACUGCCUAGGAGUUCUUGCCUGCCAAUAUUUGUGAUUCAUGUUUACUGAAAGAAGUCUGUUGAGAUUGGAGGGACUCAUUAAACCCCAAAAAAAGGACACUGUACAGAGUGUGUU